AUGACCAAACUAUCAUCAAAUAAACUUGCUUGGUGUGUCAAUGGGACUUAUUUAACUAUUCAUAACCACAAUCGUAAGCCAUUAAGAAUCCUCAUGUCUUCUUUGGAUGCGUACGGUCAUUUCAAUGCGAUCCUUGGUCUUGGAGAGAAACUGGUGAGUCGUGGUCAUCAUGUCUAUUAUGCUAAUCGAUCCGGAUAUCGUUCGAUGGUUGAAGCUUCUGGAUUAAAGUUUAUCCCCAUUGAAAAUUAUGAUCCAACUAUGGGCAAUUUCCAAGCGAACCAGGUUAUUCUCAAGUAUAUCGACAAUUACGCCAAGCAGAUGGAAAAGAGUUCGCUCAACAGAUUAACUGACUGGUCUCUGAAUGAUCUCGUUAACAAUCUAGAAUAUUUUAGUGAAAUGAAAAGAAUGGAAAAAGUGUUGGAGAUUAUAAUUGACAAAAUGAAACCAGAUUUAGUAAUAGGUGAUUUUACCUUUGCACUGCCAUUAUUUAUUAAAAGCACAAUUCCAUGUAUACCAUUGCUUUCCACAAAUCCAUUACCUUUGUAUGGUGAAAGAGGACCUCCAAUUGCAUCGGGUUACUCAGUGAAAGGGCCUAAGGAUGUAUGGUCAAAGUAUCGUAAAGCUGAAAAGCUAUCCAUGAUUGGUCUGCAACUCUACUUACGACCAUGGUGGUGGAGGAAAUGUCUAUCUCCCCCUGAAUCAAGUAAACUUCGAUCUUUUGCCAAAUAUUUUGGUAUCUAUGUUUAUCCAUCUUGUCUUGAUUAUGACUCUGAUCUGGGCCAUCCGCCAUCAAAUUGGGUUAGAAUGGACAUGUGUAUAAGACAGAGUCAGAGCGAGUUCCAGUUACCAGAUUGUUUAAACCAAAUGCCUGGUAAAUUAAUAUAUCUCUCGAUGGGAUCUUUAGGAUCGGUUAACUUGAAAUUGAUGAGACGCUUGGUUACCACCUUAUCAUCUUGUCCUCAUCGGUUUAUUGUAUCCAAAGGAGCACGAGGAGAUCAGUUAGAGUUAACUGAUAAUAUGUGGGGAGAUAAUUUUGUUAAUCAACUUGCUAUUUUGCCUAAAGUUGAUCUUGUAAUAACAAAUGGUGGGAGUAAUACAAUUAUAGAGAGUCUCUCAGCUGGUAAACCGAUGAUUGUUUUACCUCUUUUUUAUGAUCAGCUUGAUAAUGCUCAGCGAAUUGAUGAGAAGGGUUUAGGCCGUCGUUUGGAUCCAUUCAAUUACAAGGAAGGUGAACUUUUGGAAACAAUCGAAGACUUAUUGGAAAAUAGGUCGAUCCGAGAUAAAGUUGAACAAGUUGCUCGUGAAAUGAGAAAAUCUGUUGAACAAAAUAAAGUUUGUGAAUUAAUUGAAUCUUUGGCGUUCCAUGUGAAAUUUGGUGGCCCUGUUGAUGCUGAAUUAAAACAAAUACUUCCACACUUCAAUAAAGUUUGUAAUAAAAGUAACUACAAACUUGAUCAGUAA